GCAGCCUCCGUGCGGACUUCCGGGUCGCGGUGUUCGCAGGGAGCGCUCCGCGUAGAGCGUCGUUUCCGUUGCCGGUGUUUUCAGCGGGGGAAACCGAGGCAGUGCCAGCUUCCCCCUAGUUCUUCCGCUCCUGUGAGGAAAACAUGUUCCUGUCUCUGUGGGAGUUUUUCUAUGGAAACUUUUUCCGAUUUUGGAUGAAAUGGGUCUUACGGCAGAUGACUGGGAAGUGUGAAUUGCAGCGAAUUUUUGACACCUAUGGAGGGGCACAGAGGACCUACAGAAUAGAAAAUUCCUUGACAUAUUCCAAGAAUAAGGUCCUACAGAACGCAACACGAGUUGCUGAGAGCGAACUGGACAGGUGUAUAGUGAACAUCAUGAAGGAGAAGAACAUCUGCCCCGAGAAGGACACCAGUUUUCAGAUCUGCAUGAGGACAUGCUUACUGCAGAUAACUGGCUACAAACAGCUCUACCACGAAGUAGAAAAUGUGAGGAAAAAGCCCUAUGACUCUGCCAACGCACACCAUGAGAAGAUGCUCCUCAAGCUUUGGAGUCUUCUGAUGCCAACGAAAAAGUUGACGGCCCGGAUCUCCAAGCAGUGGGCAGACAUUGGUUUUCAAGGUGAUGAUCCCAAAACAGACUUCAGAGGCAUGGGUAUACUCGGACUGAUCAAUCUUGUGUAUUUCAGUGAAAACUACACCAGCGAAGCGCAUCAGAUUCUCUCCCGCUCAAAUCACCCCAAAUUAGGGUAUUCUUAUGCAAUAGUUGGAAUCAACCUUACAGAGAUGGCUUAUAGCUUACUGAAGAGCGAGGCCCUGAAGCUUCACCUCUACAACUUUGUCCCUGGGGUACCAACCAUGGAGCACUUCCACCAGUUUUACUGUUACCUUGUCUAUGAAUUUGACAAGUUUUGGCUUGAGGAAGAGCCAGAAAGCAUUAUGUACUUCAACUUGUACAGAGAGAAGUUUCAUGAGAGGAUCAAAGGCCUCUUGAUGGACUACAAUGCUGUGCUCACUUUGAAAAUAUGAACCAUCCAUGUAUCUUUACUUUUUACCACAUUUUGCACACACAACAGAAUUUAUAUGUUAUUAUAGAAAUUAUCUGAUUAACUACACUCAUAUAAUUUCCUACAAAAAAUACUUCAGAAACUCUAUUUAAGAAAGCUAGCGGACAAUCAGUGUAUGUUUACAGUUGUUUAUACACUGUUCUCCAAAGGUCCGGUACCCUUCCAAAGAACCCUUCCGGAGUCACGUGAACUACAGUUUGGAACUUGGGUCUUAGCCUGUUAAUUUAAAAGUAUAGAUCAGGUAUAUUUAUAGUUAUCUAAUUGAUCAACAUGUGCACGAGUCUGUUCUCAUUUUAUGUGUGGUGCUCCCAAGCUGUUGUCUUUUUUGAAAACUCUGCAGGGUCAUUGUUCCCUUUGGAAGUGGCUUUUAAAUGCCCUUUGUCUUUUUAUUUCUAGGCAAAUCAGCACGGGGUGCCCUCUGAGGCUUUCUUUGUGUCUUUAGCUCUUGUCAAGAUGUCCUGUCCUUGGAGCAGAGGGAGCAUGGCUCUGUCUGGGAGGGUGGACAAUCAUGGCCUCCUUUUGAUUUUUCUGGUGACUAACAGAAAUGAGAAGUGGCAGUACUGAUGACUAGCUUCUUAUUUAUAAGUAGCCCAUGUUGGAGGUCUUAUUCUAAGGAUUCUAGGCAUUUACUCCAGUUCAGUAUUUGUUUUUAUCAGGUGUAGAAGGAACCUUCCUCAGAGCCCCCUGGGGGAACCCCUGCCUGUGUGUUUAGAAAGGCGGUGCCUCUGCUGAGAAAAUCCGGACUGCAUUUGAAACAUAGUUUCUUUUCCGAUAGACCUGUCUUUGAAAGUACACCGAAGAAACCUUAGAGCUUUUUAGACAUCUGUUCCCUCUCAUUGCUGGGUUUGACAUGCUGUUCACUUUUGCUUGCCCUUGAUUUGACUCUGGUGUUUCUGGGUAAUGGUGUAGGGACCUGGGUUAGCAGGCUGGGAGGUGCUACCAUAGCCUGGAUCAUGACCGUGUGUGUUUUUGUAUAGCUUUAGUCUCCAAAUUCUCAGGAGGGCAGCAGGUACGGUGGAGGAUUCUAUGUGAGGGGAUUCUAAUGGGGUGGUUUCCUCUUGGCAUGCUUUAGAGAUUUGUUCUCAGAGCGAAACUAAAAGAGCCUAAAGAUAAGAAAGAUGAUUGGACUUAGAAGCACUACCUACGUCCUGUGGAAACCAGUCUACAACAUGAUAGUUUAACCUAAAACAUGGUGAUGUUUUGCACAUCUUUUAAUAUCAGGUAAAGACUAGCUUAUGUGAUAGAGGAAAGUUGGCUGCUUUCUCACAAUUUGUUCAUGUCUUCUGACAAGCCCGUCUUGACACUCGUGGGGGUUAGAGGGGAGAGAGCAAGCAUGAGAGCGCACAGUACGGAUGUCCCAUAGGAGAGCCACAGCUAGAGUGUUGUAUAGUGCUGUGUUGCAGAGCAUGGGUUCAAAUUGCUUUUCCUUAAGGAAGAUAAAACUUCUUUUAAAAGUAGGUUUGUUUUAUAAUACUAGAAAGGAUUUAGCUUUUCAGUAUUAUAGGAAUUUAAUAAUUGAUUUCUUAUAGGGGACUUGUUGACCCUGGUAAUGCAGUAAUUUCAUUUUUGAAAAAUCUUUUGUCAUCCAGGUUUUAUGAUGUAUUGUGUAGCAGAACCCUAACAAGGAGCCCGUGGUUACCAUUAUUGUUCACUGUACUAUAGUGUGAAGUCUUCCAUGGAAAGCAGCUGUGUUAGUCUUUAACUUUUGUGCUAAAAGUACUUAAGCAUGUAUUUUAAUCUUUGAGCAGCCUAGAUCUUGAACUGAUUUAACUCUUUAUCAGCAUAUGUAAUAAAAAGCAUAUUUGACAUAUGAAAGAGGAAGUAAUACUAAUAAUUAUUUCCUGGCAGAAAAAAAAAUCUCUAAUGAUGUUAAGAACAUAUUGUCAUGGUUUGGUUAAUGUCACAGUCCUUAAAUCCUCCUUUGUUUGUACAUUACAGAUAUAGUUUGGUGUUUUUUGUUUGUUUGUUAAAAUUAUUAGCCAUUUCAGAUAAUUAUAUAGUGAACUGAUUUGUUAGCCAAUUCCAACUUCAAAGUUCUGAUCUUCUGGGAGCUUGACUGUCACUAGUUUAUACACUAGAAUGUUUCCUUUACUUGCAGCAGACAUCAGAACUUCAUGCAGUUUUAAAACGCAUGUUUAUAUGCUCACCUGUGUCUAGGACUAGUAAAAUUACAAUGUAGCAAUCAGUAGUAAUGGCAUUGAAGUACAAGAAAGUUUCGUUAUUUUAGAUUAAGUCAAGUAGAAUCAAUGUGGAGAUGGAUUCUUGUACAUGUGACGACUUCACCAGUGACAAGAGCAGCAUAAGAAUAAAACCACAACAUUUAAGAGUUGAGAUGCUCUGAAAGACAAUCUUUUAAACAUGGGAGACACUUGGGUAUCACGGAACCUAGACCAAGCUCUUUGUAAAUAAAUGUAACAGUAUAGCUAGGUAUAAAAAUGAACUGGCACCGUUUAUAGUUCAAAACUCAGACUGUUUUUCUUAAAAAUUUCUACCCUGUUUUUUCUUCCUUUCUAUUUUAUAGCUACUUAGAUUUGUGUUAUUUUUCUAUGAAAAUGUAUGCAGCAUUUAUUCUUCCCUCAGUAUUAGCCAUCAUUCAUAUCAUUCUGUCCCUUGAGAAUAUUCAGCAAAAGGGAUUUUGAUUAAAAGUUUUGCUCAAAGAAAAACAAUUUCUUGGGUGUGAAAAGCAGCUCUUCAUUUCUGCAGCAGAGGGGAAGAACAGCAUAGAAGAUGGAGCUUUGCUCAGGAGGGUGAUAGUCUAUUCUUGUGCUCAUAACUGGGGACCAGCAGCUGCAUCCCCAGCACAGGUGCUCUACUCUCCACACAAAGGAUGGUGCAUCUGGGAGGCUUUGUCGUCAUGUUCACGUGUACUGGCCUCUCCACACAAAUGGCUUUUAAAUGAAGAUGACUCUUUCACACUCUGAGAAAAAUCAUGAUGUGUAUUUUUGUUUUCUGUCUCCAAUUUUUGAUGAGAUAAAAGUUUUAAAUGUAGUGGAGUUAGGACCCAACAACCACAUUGACAUUGGUAGGGUAGUUCUAUGUUUUGUUAAAGUACUUACAAAUAUUUAAGCUGUAGUGUUCCCUGGAGGGAAAGCACCAGUUAGUAACUUAAAUUUUUGUCUAUUUUACAUCAAACAUUUGAAUUUCAUGUAAAAGCAAUAGCGUGAGGUGUAAGGUCCUUUCGUUUGUGAUGUUAAGUGAGAGAAUAAAAUGACAGCUGAAACUGU